AUGGGGACACGAAUCGAGACAAUUGCUCUGCAAGAGCCAUCUUUAGGACAUGAGCCAGAUCAGGAAGUCUCGCGCCCCGAAAUGAGCGACGAGAGCAUCCGGCCAGCUGAUGCAAGAAACCGCGAUUCAAGCAGGGCUAGGCUGUCCGCUCUCGCGGGCAAUGCCGUACUGCAACUGCCCAUCUGGGGCUUUGCUAUGAGUUACGGCGUUUUCCAGGAGUACUAUUCCUCAAACUGGACCUUCGCCGGGAAUCGGGAUGUCACUGGUAUCAUUGGCACCACGUCCAACGGUGUCAUGUAUCUCUCCAUGCCGAUCCUCUUCGCCAUGUUCACCAGAAGAUGGGCGCAUAAGCGCCAACUCGCCGCACUCUGCGGCGUCGCCCUGACAUGCCUAAGCUUUCUCUUGGCCUCCUUCAGUAGCCAUGUAUGGCAUCUGGUUGCGACCCAGGGUGUGCUCUCAGCCCUUGGCUGCGCUCUCGUCUACAGUCCCACAACUCUGUCUCUGGGUGAGUGGUACAGCACAAAGAACCGGGCAGUCGCAUACGGCAUCGUUCUGUCGAGCAAGAACAUAGUGGGAUCCACAUGCCCAUUCCUCCUACGAGCGCUUCUGGACCGCUACGGAUUCCGCAUGGCCAUGGUGUCGUGGAUGGCAAUCACGGCGGGCACAGGUCUUGCUGCCAUCUUUCUGGUUACGACACCCUCUACCACUGUGGCUCAAACUCGUACCAGCCACCCGUCGACGCGUAAAAUACCCUGGCACUUCUUGAAACACCAGACCUUCUACAUUUAUACGGUGGCGAUCGUUCUGCAGAGCUCAGGCUACGGUAUCCCGCAGACGUACCUCAACACCUAUGCCCACGACGUGACCCUGCUGUCGCAGACAACGGCGACUUUGAUGCUAACCAUAUUCAAUCUUCCCGGAAUCAUGUCGUCUUCCUUUUUCGGAUAUCUCAGCGACAACCCUCACUUCAGGCUUUCCGCAUCGACAGUGACUUUCAUCUCCGCCACCAGCUCGGCCGUGUCUGCCUUCUUGUUCUGGGGUCUCACGUCGCCGGGGAGCCUGGGACUUCUCAUCAUGUUCUCGAUGACCUUUGGGUUCUUCGCUGGCGGGUAUAGCGCAACGUGGGGAGGCGUGAUCAACGAGAUGGAGAGCGAGGCCGCGGAGAGAAACGAAGCGAUUGAUACAGGCAUGGUUUACGGUCUGCUCAAUGGCGCCAGGGGCGUCGGGUAUGCCUCUCGUCAAUGUUUGGUGGCUGGGGGAUGUUAUGGAGGUGCAAAGGGCGAUUUCAGCGCCGAAGCAGAUAACUAG